AGCUUGCAGCACUAAUUGCAGCAGGUGUGCUGCUCAUUGUUUGCUAACAGGCCAUAGUCCAGCUCUCUCAUUUAACACCACAUCUCCGCUUAUGGGCUACUUUUUGCUAGCUUUCGGUGUCCUCCGAACCCGUGUUGCCCUACAUGCAGUCUUGGUUGCAGUCAUGUUUCUGUGAAGGAAAAAUGUAUUCAAACUUCUCCAAUGACUCCAACCUGUCAGUUGAUGACCCCCAGAGACAGCACGAGCUCACUCACCGGUCCGUUAAGGUAAGCAUAAUCGUCGUGCUGGGCCUGAUGAUUACUGUUGGAAACAUCGCGGUCCUCCUGGUUAUUAGUUCCUCCGUGGCUGGCUGGUCGAGAAACUCUCGGUACCUUCUCCUCUCCCUCACUGCUGCAGACUCUGCGUUUGGACUGCUGGUCAUGCCCUUGAAUCUGUGGGUGAGUUUGCUGAAGGACUACACUGAGGGCCCAGAUGCUCUUUGUCACAUCGUGGCCUUUUGCAACGCCACCGUGUACUCUACCUGCAUGUACACACUGGCCACGAUAAGCCUGGAGAGGUAUAUAGCAGUGUUUUACCCGCUCCAGUACUCCUCUCUGAUGACUAGAAAAAGGGCACUGCUCCUGAUUGCCUUCGCCUGGUGCUUCCCUCCAUUUUUACUGUCGCCAAUUUCAAUCCCAGAUGGCAUUAUCGAGGUUCAUUUUUCUACCUCGUCAUUGGUCUGCAAUCCGUCCUACUCCACAAACACAGGAUACUCUCUGAGCCUGACAUGCCUGAUAUUUUUUCCCUGCUCCAUCAUCAUGACAUACGCCAAUCUGAGAGUGUGGUGUGCUGCCAAGAGACAGAGACUGAAACUGCGCAAAUAUGACUGUGCACGUAGCAGAAGGCACAAUGUGGCAUCCAGGGUGCUCAUACCUGUGAUGGCAGCCUACUACACCUGUUGGACACCAUGCAUGGCUGCUAUGAUCUACAAUGCAGUAUCAGGGAGCAGCGUACCAGAGUGGAUUGAAUUUGUCGUGGUCUGGCUGCCAACAUCCAAUGGUUUCCUCAACUGCAUCUUCUAUUUCUGGAUAAACCGGAGCUUCCGCAGGAAAUUCAGACUUGUCCUGCAGAGGUUUGCUCUGUCCCUCUGCCCCAAACUGGCUGACUCCUUUGGGUGUUAUGUAUCCUCAAAGGCACAUUUUGUGUCAGGGGUUAACCACAACAACAAUAGUGUUCAUGAGCGGUCUUCCAGUGUAUCCUCCACCUGCACACUGUUGAGCCUGGCUUAGGAGGAAGAUCAGUUUCAGGCAUGGGAAAGGAAAAGGUCAGUGAUGUCUUUGGGGUUUUGUGUUGUCCUGCGAACUGCUUGACUGGAGUAAGAUAGAAGCUAUCAGGAGUAGAGAUGGAGUAAUGGCCAAAUGGGUUGAAACAGAAACAGGUAAUGAUGGCAAGAUUUGAAACAACCACUGUACAGUCUUUAUUAUUAUUAUUUAAGUUAUCUUGAGUAUUAUAUAUUUUCUCAUUUUUAGUUUAUUUUAUACAUUUUCAGUCUAAGUGUUCAGUUGACUGCAACAUUUCUAACUUAUUCUAUUUCUUUUUUUUACAUAAACACGUAACUUUUCCAGAACUUGAUUUUUUUUCCAUGUAUGCCUUCUUAAACCACCUUUUUAGUUGUUUUAUAGUCAGCCAUCAACCUUGUCUGUGCCCCAGAAUGUUUUGCUGUUAUUCAGCUUCAUACAGUCUUUUAAAAGUGUCCAAUUUUUCACAUUUGAACUUCCCGCUGUAGUGAACACAUUUCCUGUAAAACGUCAAGGUUAGCCGAUUGUUUCAUCACAAGAAACUGAUAUUUUUACUUCCAUUCAUGAGACAUUUGCAAGCACACAAUGCAAUCUGAUUACAAACACUUUGAAGGAUUGAAGACAUCAAUCUUGCCUUCAUUUUAAACUCUGCGUCAAAGACCUUGGCAUAUAACAGCUAGGAGAAGUUAACCUUUCAGUCACAGCAUUUCAGUGCAUGCAUGGAGAAAGUAAUUAGGCAGCUAGACUGUAGAAAGGUCAUCGUAUUUAUGCAGGCAAGAGAUAACUUGGGUAACUUCUGUGACUGUGGUUGUUUAUUUUGAGAUAUUAAGCCCAUAAUCUUUCUCUCAGUAUCCUCUACUACAGCAUGGAUUCAGCUUUUUAAGACCCUGUCACAUCUCUAUCUGAGUUUAACAGUUACAGUGAAGGAACAUGAAAUGUCUUAUGCAACUUAUUCUUGCGCUUGAGUUGCUGCUUGGUGACACCAUGACAUACUCCUGCCCCCCACGCCCACACCAAAAAAGCAAGAUGUCCAUCUUAAAAAUGUAAAUACUUUGCUAUGUUUCUAAAUUUUGAAUUUUAAAAAAGAUGAAAAAGUGUUUGAUAAUUAUUGGUUUAUGGGUUUUCUAUUAAAUAAAGUAUUAUGCCUUUCA